CCCAAACCCCGCCUCUCAGAGCUUUACACAACUCCAGGAAAUCAGCGCAGUGAAGUUUCGUUUCUUGUGAAAUCGUCAGUCUCUCUGUCUCACUGCAGCAGAAAUGGCAGAAGCGAAUAUUCUGGUAGCGCAUGACCAAUUUAGCUGUCCAGUGUGUCUGGAGAUAUUGAAGGACCCAGUCGCUAUUCCAUGUGGACACAGUUACUGUAUGGGGUGUAUUAAGAACUGCUGGGAUCACACUGAUCAUACAGGUGUCUACAGGUGCCCCCAGUGCAGAGAGACCUUUACCCCAAGACCUGUUCUGCGCAGAAACACCAUGCUGGCCGAACUUGUGGAGGAAUUAAAGAAGACAGGACUCAAUCCUCGUCCUGCUCAAAGUUAUGCUGGACCUGGAGAUGUGCCGUGUGAUUUCUGCACUGGGAGAAAGUUCAAAGCUGUGAAAUCCUGUUUGACGUGCCUGGCCUCUUACUGUGAAACACACGUCAAGUCUCACAGUGAGGUUACUGCAUUAAAGAGGCACAAGCUGAUCAAUGCAAUUGGAAAUCUGGAGCAGAAGCUUUGUGCUGAACACCAAAAGGUUUUGGAAGUCUUCUGCAGAACAGAUCAGAUGUGUAUUUGCUGGCUGUGUACAGAAAAGGAACACAAGAGCCAUGAUACAGUCUCAGCUGAGACAGAAAGGAGUGGGAAACAGAUGCAGCUGGGAAAGACACUGACAGAAAUACAACAAAGAAUCCAGGAGAGACUGAAAGAAACUGAGGAGCUGAAACAGGCUGUGGAGUCACUGAAAAGAUCUGCAUGCAUAGAAAUAAAGGAAAGUGAGAAGAUCUUUACUGAGCUGAUCCGAUCCAUUAAGAAGAUCCACACUGAGGUUAUUGAGCUGAUUGGAGCUAACGAGAAGGCUGCAGUGAAUCAGGCUGAAGGACUCAUGAAGAAACUGGAGCAGGAGAUUGCUGAGCUAAGGAGGAGAAACGCUGAGCUGAAACAGCUUUCAGAGACAGAGGAUCACAUCCAUUUUCUACAGAAUUUCCAGUCUCUAUGUGCCCCUCCUAAAGCUGGAGACUUACCCAGCAUUACUGUCAAUACAGGCAUCUCUUUUGGGGCUGUGAGGAAAGCUGUAUCUGUACUUAAAGACCAUAUUGAGGACUUCUGCAAGGGGGAAUUAGUGAAAAUAACCACAACAGUGAAUGAAGUUGCAGUUUACAGUCUGCAGGCUCCAGAGCCAAGGAACAGAGCUGAGUUUUUAAAAUAUUCCUGUCAGCUCACACUGGACCCCAACACAGCGCAUAGAAACCUCUGUCUGUCUGAAGGGAACAGAAAGGUGACAUGCCUGAAAGAGACCCAGAGAUAUCCUGCUCACCCAGAGAGAUUUGAGAGCCGGACCCAAUUGCUUUGCAGAGAGGGUUUGUCUGGGAUUCGCUGUUACUGGGAGAUUAGGUUGAGUGGGAGAGGGGCUUCUAUAGGAGUCACAUAUAAAGGAAUCAGCAGGAAAGGAGGGGAUGGUUCCUGUGGCUUUGGAUUCAAUGACAAGUCGUGGUGUUUGUUCUACUCUGGUUUCAGUUACAUUGCCCGGCACAAUAACAAUGAAACUGCAAUAAAUGCCCCCCACUCCUCCAGAAUAGGAGUGUAUCUGGAUUUUAAUGCCGACACGCUGUCCUUUUAUGGAGUAUCUGACACAAUGACCCUCCUGCACAGAUUCCAAACCACAUUCACUGAGCCACUCUAUCCUGGGUUUGGGCUUUAUUAUGAUUCCACUGUAAAAAUCUGCCAGCUGAACUAGACUGUUUUGUGUUGAAGGGAAUGUUCAAUCUGACACAACUUUGGAUGAAAGUUAGGGGGUAAAAUGGUGCCACCUACAGAGUGAAACAAGGUGAAUUAUUUGUUUUUAGCACCGAAUGGGUUUCAUAUGAAAUAUGUUGAUUGUCCAUAUAUGUGAGGCAAAGUAAUACUGUUGAUUAGAAAGAAGUACAUAUCAGCCUAAUAACAAGGAAUAAUACAUUCCCUUGGCAGCCCGCAGUUUAGCAAAUACAGCUUAUUAAUAUUGCAAUGCGCACGGGCAAGCGCCUCGUCAUUUUUCAUGGCUGGCUGCGAUUCUGUAUAUAUAUACAGAUUUCUAGAAAUGAUAAAUUUCCAUUGGGGUAAACUUUUGACUACAAUUAUGUAUAUAUACAAUAGUUUUUAAGGUAUUAACAAUAUUUUUAAGCAAAAUACUAAGGUCUAUGAUACACAGCCUUUAGUAUUUACAUCAUUGUUGCUAAACAUUGUAACUAUAACACGCAUCAAUAUCUGUGGAUAUGAUGUGCAUUGCAUUAUGGGUAGCGUAUUACUUUGGGCUACAAAUGGAGCACUUUCUAAAAGGCACAGUCUGGUAACAAAGCGUUAUUGAAAUGAGAAUGUGUUCUCAAGGGUUUUCCUUGAUUAAAGAAAAUGGACAAUUGAUUGAUUCGUGUUUCAGCUGAAUGUUUAGUAAUUGCCAGGGAUCCUAGUUUAAAAAAACCCCGAAAUUCUCAGAUAAUAAAAAAAGAAAAAUCUGCAUU